AAUCAGCAGCCAAAUCGUCGCCUAGAAUAGAUCCCUGACGCGCAGUGAUAAUCCUACUCACAAGGGAAAUCAAAUCAAGCCAAGGAGUAAGGACCACGAUGGCCUGCACCCUGGUCCCCAUCAACCUCCACAAUCCAGCCGAGUACGCCGAGCUGCAGGCCCAGCGCGUUCGAUGCGGCUGGGACGCAGAAGACACCAAGAUCCUCGCCUGGCGCGAGAAGCAAGACCGGAACCUGAAAUCGUUCUUUUGGAUCACACUUCCCGCCCAAUCUCCUCCCGGGGAACAUGCAGGAAACCAGGCAGACGAGAAACGCACGAUCCGCGCAGGCCACAUAUCCCUGGACGCCUACGCCGACCCUCCAGACCCUGAACUCGCUUGCGCCGAUAAAUCCAUACUGACGAUCCAGAGUUUUUUCAUUCUGCCAGAGUACCGGGUCAUGGAUCUGGUCGAGGGGAUGGCGAGCCAGGAGCCGUGGGGGAGUCCGGCGUGCCGCUUUGUGACGGUCAAUGCGAUUAGCAGGCGGUAUUUCUACGAGGAUUGGCCUGAGAAACUUGCGCUGUGGGAGACGUGGGCGGACAAUCUGCCGGUGAUGUGCAAUGUGGAUUGGUAUUCGCGGCGGGGGUACGUGCACUGGAAGACGGAGCCGCGGUAUCGAGAGCAGUCGAAGAGCGGGGAGGAGAUUAUCAUCUUGGCAGAUUUUUUGAGGAAGCCUAUUACUCGAUAGGAUGUGAAGCAGGUUUGGGAUCAUCUCAUGGUUGAUGCAAGAGUAUGGUUGGGAUGUAUCUAAAUUGAUGAGGAUUGACGAUGACGAUGCGAGGAGAUGUACAUAGAGUUGGUUGUCCUUGCAUUUUCAAGGAAAGCAUCAGCAAUAAUUUAUUCCGUGCAGGG